UGACUUAAUGAUGGACAUUUCCCAAUGAACCAAUCAUAUCUCAAGGAUGGCUGCAAUACCUUAAAAGGAAAAAAAAAACAAGCUUAAAUUAUAUAGGGGAAGGGAUUAGGAUAUUGUUCCUACCAGACAUCUCUUGGUGGGAGAAGGAGGGAGAAAGAGAGAGUAAUUAGCUCCAUUUUGGCAUCCUCAGUGAUUAGGUUAGAUUUAGACCUGGAAAGGAAUAAAGAGGCCAUCUAUUUAUAGAUGAGGAGAAAGACCCUCAUCUAUAGUACAAAACAGUCAAAGAAUGAAGAUGUAUCUUUAUUGACCAAGUUUAUCCCUCCCUCUUACUUUGAAGAUAAGGAAAUCAAGGCCUGGAGAAUUAAUGAUAUAUAGCCAUAAACAACUAUUGCCCUCCACUCCAAUACUUUUUUUUUGCCUUGCAUUUUUCUUGAAUAUAAUAUGUAUACAUGUCUACCCUAAUGAAAUUUAAGUUCUUUGAAGAUAUGUACAGUUUCAUUUUUUGCUUUGUAUCCCCAGUAGUCAAAAAUAGUUGACACAGAGUAGAUAUUUAAUAUAUAUUUGAUAGAUUUGUAAAGACAUGGAAUUUGCAUACAAAUUUCACCUGUAGAACAGCCCCAAGCCUCCUAUAAUUUCCCAAGAUAAUUGUGCAAAUGUGUAAUAACUAUAAUAUCUAUUAGUUAUUCUUGCCUAGGAAGUUCAAAGGUACUCUCAGAUAAAGCCUCCUUUCCCUGACUCACCUCUACCCUCACCUUACUUUCCUGUUUAGUGUAUGGGGCUGAUGAAUAUUUCUUUUAUCUUCUUUUUCUUUUCUUUGUCUCUGGACAGUGCAGAUGAAAAACAAAACCUGAUGAAGUAUGUCAUUGUAGUAUGGAUGACAAUAUCAAAUUUUGGUAAGGAAGCCAGUGAAUGGUUUUCCUCUGCCUCUUCUCACAAUUAGCUAACUAGUGUGAAGUUUGGUUAUUUCACAGACUUUCAAGAAUCCCUUCCCAUCUAGAAGAAAAAAAAACAAAACAAAAUUUAUAUAAGCCUUCAUGUCAAAAUUCAUGAAUGGACUUACAUGCUGAACAUCUAAAGCUCUGCCAUAAACCUGUCUCCCACAUUUAUUAGGAAAGAAUACUAGAAGAGGAAGUAAAGUUCAGGGGUGUUGAAAUUCACUUUCAGGUGAGUGGGUGGAGGUGGUGAUUUUAUUGAGCAUAGACCGGGGUUAAGAGAUUCAAUUGCUGGGUUGUUGAAUGAGCAGGAAAACUAUUUUUGGUACUUUGGUCUGAGCUAAGCCAUGGCAAGAACAUUUGUGAGCAUAUACCACUUCCUUGUUUGGGGAUGGUAUAUUUUCAUCAACUUUUAUAUCUCCUUCCAACUAUCAAAGCAACAAAUACCAAAAGCGAGACAGUAUGGAAGCCAGUGGAGAUACUUGACAGUGCUGAAUCUGUUCUUACAGACAAUUUUCUAUGGGAUUGCCUUCCUGUAUGACGCGAUGAAAGGAGUGAAGAGAAAGGAAGACAUUAAGUGGAUAGCUGCCUUCAGAGACUUUCUCUUCUCAGUCUUGGCCUUGCCUUUGUCUUCGGUGGUGUUUAUGAUAUUCUGGGCACUGUUUUUGCUUGACCGAGAACUAGUUUACCCUAAGACCCUGGAUGAAGUCUUUCCAAAAUGGUUCAAUCAUGCUAUGCAUACAACUGUGUUGCCUAUCUCCCUGACAGAGGUCUUUAUCAAUCAUCAUCAAUAUCCAUCCAGGAAAACGGGACUUGUGUUUUUAAGCUUUAUUAGUGUUGCCUACAUCAGCUGGCUCCUGAAGAUUUACUCUGUAACCAAAGAGUGGGUGUAUCCUAUAUUAGCUAAACUCAGUCCUGUGAAUUUAGCAGUCUUCUUUUUUGCUGCCUACCUCCUUUUGGUCUGCUUCUAUUUCCUUGGAGAACACCUUAACCAGCAAAUUUGGGGUAAUCGAGUUCAAAAAUCCAUAAAAAUGAAAUAAUUUGGGAUCAUUUCAAUGUUCUGAAGAGGAAGAAAACAAGAAAAAUGCUAGAGCGAAAUCUUUUGCUCUAGAGGCAAUUUUUUGUUUGUUUCUGUGGACAAAGUUGGUGUGUUUCUUAUUCCAGAUAAAGCCUACAGGAUGGUGAUGGCAGUGGGGGGGCUAACAGGAUGAGGUGAAUGGAUUAUAUUAAAUUAGAAGGUUAGAAAGCUAUUAUUGGAUUGACCUUUAUUGGACAAACCAAAGAUAUAACUGGUCUACACAGAGUUCAUUUCCCUUUGCUUAACCUCCAAGGGCAUAUGGCCUAUGUUUAAAACUGUCCCCUCAGCCAGAGUACAGAGAAAUUCAUUUAUCACAAGAACUUCUGUGAAUUGAUUGAACUUAGAGACUGCUGUUCCCUUGUCCUCUGAAUCUGGAAAGAAGAUGAGCAGAAAGGCCUUGUUGCUGCAGUUUUUCUCCUCCCAGAAUCACAAUGAUGUGAGUGAUGGUGCAGUAGCAAGGGGAGCCAAUAUGGAGGAAAUCCCUACUGAGUCAAUAUCCAAAGUAGAAAACCUCCAAGUCUCCAGUGAUUUUGAGGAUGUUGAUAAUGAUGGAGAUCUCCACCUUGGACAAGAUCAAUUAAGGAAAUAAAAGCUAGACUAAUAUCUUUUGGAAGAAAAUCUAGUCAGAAAGGUAAUCUGAUUAUAAUGAUGACCAAGAUUGCUUUGAUAUGAAACAUUAAGCUCAUGACUUAAGGAAAUGGUGAUGUGAUUAGCAAAUAAAUUCACAGAAUCUGCUU